GUAAUAAGAGAACAAAGGAAAAGAAUAAUAUGUAUGUUUGUAUGUAAAUGGAGUAGUAAAGAUGCAUCAACGAAGGAAACAGAAUAAACCUCCCACCUCUCCACUCCUCCUUCCCUCGCUUCCUUUUCUUAUACACUAACUACGAUUCUCUCACUCUCCAACUCCAACCCCCUCUCUCUCUCCAUGGCUGAUGACCACAGAGAUUUCCGAAGAAGGAAGUUUCCGGCCAACCGGAGAACCGCCAGACGAUCGCCGGCGGAGGCUCGGCGUAGAAUCAAUCCGGAGGCGGGAAGAAGUCUGUCUCCGAGUCCAUCGGAAUACGCCAAUUUUCUGAAGAGAUACAAGUCGGAGCCAUUUCUGCCCAACUCGGCCGGCAGAGAGGUGGCGGUGAUCGUGGAUGAGGAGGCGGAGGAAGAAAUGCUUUAUCGGCCGCAUACAUGUACGGACAUAUUUUUGCCCCCUUCAGGAUCCCUACAGGUAUACAAAUACAAUAGAGAUGCAAAGGUAGUGGUAAAUGUGACAGUGGAGGGAAGCCCAGGAGCAGUUAGAACGAUGGUUAAGUUAGGAGCGGACGUGGCGGAGACGAUCAAGCUGGUGAUCAAGAAAUACAACCAAGAGGGAAGAACGCCGCCUCUUCAUGAAGCCGCAGCUGCAAAUUGUGAGCUACACCACUCCUUUUUCAGUCUUCACAGAUUGAAGAAGUCAGAUUUGAUCGGUGAUAUUGGUAGUAGAAGUUUCUAUCUUCGCAAGCAGAGUAUCAACAAUCAUGAGGAUGAAGCAGCACAGAUUUCUUUCCUUCCAAAAUUCAUCAACAACCUCAUUCGAGCAACACAAAAGUUAUGCAAAAUAUUUGGCUGCAUUUCUUGAUUUAUUUAUUUAUAACAAAUUUUCAUACAUAUGGUAUAUAUUAUGUUGUUGCUCUUGGUAGUAUAUAGUUUGUAUAUAUCAUUUGAUGCCAAUCAUCGUCUUUGGAUGUUGGGGCAAACAUUGGGAAAUGGGGAAGGCUGCAUUGUGUA